AUGGAAAAACUUCCCGUCACUAUGGAAGAAUACCAAGCUAAGCUGAAGAGUAUCCUGGAAGGUGUGAACCACACCAACGUCCAUAAACCCGACCCAAACAACAAACUUCAACAAAGUUCCUUGUGUGGUCAGACUCUUGUUGACCAGUCGCAGACCGUUGUUAAUGGUGAGGAAGCUCCUGAGAAUGCUUGGCCGUGGUAUGUCUUUCUCCUGGCACAUGAUUCUGAUGAAUCUGGGGGUUGUGGGGGUUCAAUUCUCUCCGAGUGGUGGAUCCUGACAGCCGGGCAUUGUAUGAUAACAUGGAAUUCUACUAUCAUUGUUUAUUUUGGAUUAAAUGACAUGGCACAAUUGGACACUACAAAACCUAUAAAAGCUGAGAAGCGUUUUACAAAAUGUUAUGUUAAAGAUGGGAUUCUUUACAAUGAUAUCCUGCUUCUCAAGCUGGAAUCUCCUAUAGCCUUCUCUGACAUAAUCAGGCCGGUCUGCUUGCCCGAGGAGGACAUGAGCAAGUCCAAAAAUUGUUUUAGUAUUGGAUUUGGAGCAACCGCUCCUGAGGGAGAAGGUUCUAAAAACUUGAUGCAAAUCAAAUCCAACCCCAUGGAUUAUAAACUUUGCAGGUUUUUCCUUCGCUAUCUUGCUAAGUUUAGCCAUACAUAA